AUGAUUAACCCAGAUCCCUGGGGUGAAAACACUGUCGUAUGGAGCACCGAGAGAUGGUAUUUCUCUCCCUUCGAGAUCCUCUCUAUCAUAUCCAUCUUCAAGGACCAGGACCAAGGCGAUAUGCCCACCCGGCUCAUCCCCGGCUCCAAGGUAUUUGAAAGGGAGGGGGAAUUUCUUCCAGAGUGUCAGAAAUCUGCUAUUGUGCGGAUCCUCUGGUCGAGUUCCAUAUCUCUCCCGGAUUUUGGUUAUACUUUGACCUAUGAUGAGAAUCAGACUCAAGUGUUCCAGGACAACAAAGCACGAAAGGAGGAGCUGGGAAGGGAAGAAAUGUCGAUAGAGAAUGAGAAUGAGCUUACGAUGAUUAAACAGAACAAGAACAAAGAGCGCGAUAACCUAGCGAGACCAGAGGGGAACAUGGUAGGGUGUCGCGAGCGCGAAGGCGAGCGAGCAGGUCCUGUAGAAGCUACUUAUGCUGGAGGCAAGUUACAUAGGACCCGGGAAGUUGGUCACCCCUCAGCUGCAGAACGGGUCUGA